AUGGAGAGCCAGUUUAUGACAUGGAAUGUUCUUUUCCUUGUUGUUCUUUCCAUUCAAGAAGCCAUUAAUGCAGUGCCACAGUUUACAGCUUUAUUCGCCUUUGGGGAUUCACUUAUAGAUCCUGGAAAUAAUAAUUAUCUCCCAAACUCUUUGGCAAAGGCUAAUUAUGUACCAUAUGGAGUUGAUUUUAUAGGACCCACAGGGAGAUUUUGCAAUGGAAGAACCAUGAUAGAUUAUUUAGGUGAUCUGCUAGGACUUCCUCUAAUUCCAGCUUAUACAGCUACUAUCACCAUGGGCAGUGAUAUUUCGAAAGGAGUGAACUAUGCUUCAGCUGCAGCCGGAAUUCUUGACGAGACAGGCAAAAGUCUUGGAGAAAGGUUCAGCUUGAAUCAACAGAUUCAAAAUUUCGAAGAUACCUUGAAUCAACUAAAACAGCAGAUGGAAGAUCAAGACUUGAGCUAUUAUCUUGCAAAGUCAUUGGUUGUAAUGAAUCUUGGCAACAAUGACUACAUCAACAACUAUUUGCAACCUUCAUUGUACACAACGAGUUCCAAUUACAAGCCUAGAGAUUAUGCUGAUCUCCUCAUAAAGCAUUACUCUAGGCAAAUCUUGGCACUUCAUGGUAUAGGACUAAGGAAGUUUUUAUUGGGAGCAAUUGGACCACUGGGUUGUAUCCCUAGCCAAGUUGGAACUGGUCUUGCUCCACCAGGAAAGUGUGUCUCUAUUGUGAAUGAAAUGAUUAGGAUGUUUAAUUCACAACUUAGGUUUCUUGUUGAUCAACUAAACAAAGAUAACCCUAACUCCAUCUUUAUUUACGGCAAUACUUUUGGAGGAUUUAUCGAGAUAUUCAACAAUGCCUCUGUUUAUGGGUUUGAAGUAAAGGACAGAGGAUGUUGUGGCGUUGGGAGGCUAAUAACAUGUCUUCCAUUGGCAGUGCCUUGCUUCAACAGAGAUCAAUACCUCUUUUGGGAUGCCUUCCAUCCAACACAAGCUGUGAAUCAAAUUCUUGCUAGGAAGGCAUAUUCAGGGUCCUUACAUGAUUGUUAUCCCAUGAAUGUCCAACAAAUGGCUCAGCUCUAA